GAGUUACAGACUUUCAGGCAGUCUGGAGACGGCCGUGAACAUGAAUACGAUUGAGGCCGACUCGUAUUAUGACGGUUUUCGAACCUUCGAGUGGCUCGCAGAUUUCAUCAAUCUUCCAAUUGACCAGGUGAAUUUCUUGAUAACCCAGUUUACGGCACUGGGAUUGGCCGGAUUGUUGAGGUCUUCUUUGAAUCCUGGUGUAACAUCACCAGCCACACGACAUGCCUUUGGCCUCAUUUUUGGUCUUGUCUUUGGAUACUUCAGUUUCGGCAAGCAGGCGUUCCAUUUGGCAGGUCUUCCGGCACUAUGUUAUAUAGCGAUGAGAACGUUGGAUCCAAAAAUAAUGCAAAGAUUUGUUCUUGCGAUAGCGUUGAUCUAUCUCUCCUGCAUUCAUUUGCAUCGCCAGGUUUACGACUGUGGGACAUACUCACUCGACAUCACAGGCCCUCUUAUGGUGAUUACUCAAAAAGUUACAAGUCUUGCUUAUAGUGUUCACGAUGGCUUGACUCGCAGGGAAGAGGAACUCACACCCACACAACGUCAUCAAGCCGUAAACAAAAUGCCAACGAUUUUCGAAUACUUCAGCUACGUCUUCCAUUUCCAGGCUUUGAUGGCCGGCCCAAUAAUUUUUUAUCGUGAUUACAUCGACUUUAUUCAUGGUCACCGAAUCCUCGAAGCACAGUCGCUGACAGGACACUAUGAGAACAAAUCAAACGAAAUUGUGAUAGAGCCUUCACCAGGAUUGGUAGUUGUGAAAAAAGUACUUUCGAGUAUAGUCUGUGCUGUAAUAUACAUCACUCUUAUUCCUUCGUAUCCUAUUGAAAAAGUGAAAGAUGACGAGUUUCUGAAGAACACAUCGAUAUUUUACAAAUUCUGGUACCUGACGAUUUCCACAAUGCUGGUUCGUUUUAAGUAUUAUCACGCCUGGAUAUUUGCAGAUGCAAUUUGUAACAAUUCAGGACUUGGUUUCAAUAGUUUCGAUGAGAAUAAUAAACCUCGUUGGGAUCAUGUGUCUAACGUAGACGCCUUCAAAUUUGAGACUGCUCUUAGCCUUAGAGAUAGUAUUGCAGCUUGGAACAAGGGAACAAAUCGAUGGUUAAGAUCAUUAGUUUAUGAAAGAGUUCCUCGAAACAAAACCAUUUACACUUACGCCUUGUCUGCCAUUUGGCAUGGAUUUUAUCCGGGUUACUACCUCACUUUUGCGAACGGAUCAUUUUUCACAUUUGCAGCUCGAACCGUUCGCCGGCACCUUCGACCAUUUUUCUUGGUUACAAAGAAGUAUAAGUUAUUUUACGAUGCAAUCACUCUGUUAACGACGAAAAUUAUUUUAACUUACACAACCUUCACUUUUGUUCUACUUGAGUUUAAACCAAGCAUCACCAUGUACCUGCACUUCUACUUUUUACCAAAUAUUUUGGGUCUAGCCGCGAUUUUUUUGCUGCCCAGAAUUCUGCCUCUUCCAAAGCAAAAUUUGCAAAAUUCCAAGACUGAAGUCGAUUAUCGAUACGUUCCGUCGAACGGACACGCGCAAAAAAGCGAGUGAUUGUUAAAGACAGAGAAAGGUAAAAAAAAGAAGAGAAAAAAAGGAAAAAAUUAACUUUCCUUAUUCAAACGUCUCGUGAUCUUUUAUUUAUCAUGACACGAGAGUUUGCAUAGAUAUUUUUAAAAAAAUAUUUUUUGAUAAUAAAAAUGAAACAUGAUAUUUAUUGUUACACCGUCAUCGUUAUACAGAUUAUAGAUAAGCAUUUAUGUAGUGUUCUUUAUAAGCGAUUUUACGAGAGCCUCACUGUAGUUCGACUAGAAUCCUGGAAUUUUAGAAUUACCUCAAUGCAAAAACAUGUUUAACUCUUAUUUCAACAAAUUAAAAUCGAAACAGAUGAUUAUAUUUGAAAUUAAUAAAAGGUAAGUACCUAAAUUGCUAUAAAUUUGAACGAAACUUUUUGAAAAAUCAAAUUGGAAUUUAAUUUUUUGAAAUAAUCAAAGUUAAUUGACAGGUCAAAUUUUUAUAGUGCUUCUACUCGAUUCUAUUGAUGAAAAAAGAGGUUUCAAUGAAAGAAAAAAUAAUCACAAGAGGCCAAUUUCCUUCUCAAGAGAAUUGAAAAGUGAUUUAACAAAAUUGAGGAUUGAGAUUACGAUCCAAACUUAGCUGAAAAAUUAAUUUCAGGCAGAUGUUUCUAGAAUUAAAUAAUUGAAUUUUUUUAAAAAUAUUUCGCACUGAAAGCGAGUUUGGAUUGAAAUCUUGAAUAUUUGUAAAAAUCAAGCGACAAUACGUAGAGCCUCGAGCUACAGUUUUCCAGAAUUUAAUCAAUGUUAACGUUUUUUCAACUUUAAUGUAAUUUCAAAUUCCAAGUUGUACUUCUUAUGUCUUAUUUAUUUAUUAUAUUUAUGCUUCUCAGCGACAGAUUAGUAAUAAUUCUGAAAGCGACUUCUUGACAGUAUUUAUAACUUUAUGUUUUAUUUCUUUAAUGAAAGCAUCAGGGUUUUUAUAAAUAUAAAAUAUAAUAAUUUUUUAUUGAGGGUUUGAGUUUGUGAAAAUACCCAAGUGUUGAAAUUGUUGUUGAGACUUUUGUACCCGACAUCGUUGUCUAAUUAAUAGAGUGUAAAUUCCAU